UCGUUGGCAGCACGGCACUGGCGCCAGGUCGGUACUCCGACGGGAUGCUCCUGUGUUUCGGCCUGGGUACGCCAUCGCCGCAUACCGCUCGGAGCCCAUGGGGCAUACAAGGACUGGGAGUGGCACUGAGGUGGCGGGGGGUGAGACCCCUUUCUGGAUUGGUGAUAUGAGUAAUGAUUAUCCUGCUUCUCUGUCUGAUCUGUUUUCGUCGCCGUGUGAAUCCCGCCCUUGUGUUCUUCCACCGUAUCUCCCAGGCGUGGGGAUUGAUAUGGCAUCAUAUUUUGCUUGUCUGUGGGAUACCCUUCAAGUGCUCUUGGACACUGCCGCCACGCACACCCAAUUUAUUCACGCUCUCGAGCACAAGAAUGAGAAGUUGUUUCUGAAAUACUGUGAGCGAGAAGAUAUGGAAUCAUUGGCUUGCCGCAGCCUCGCCGAGCAGGCCAAUCUGAUUGACUCGCAGUUCGAUGUGCUGACGUGCUCUGUUGCGGCUCUGGGCCAGCAGGUCUCCGAGCUCCGCUCAGAGAUUACCGACGAGGUGCCCUCCGUCACGCUGGUCAAUGCGAAGCUCGACGCGAUGCGGGGUUUGCUCCGCUGCUCGUGUGCUCAGCUUCGGGACGACGUCGCGCAGCAACUACAGCUUGCCAGAGCGUAUUGUGAUGAUAGCUUCGCCAAGCUCGACGUCUCCACUUCGUCGAACCUGGCCCGCCUCCUGGACAAGCCUCUCGCCAAGCUGUGGGAUGACUGUCAGGAGUUGGUGAAUGCCUCACGGGAUGAAGUGUCUGAGUUUAUGUCGCGGAUCAGGGAUCAGCUUAUGCUCGAUGCGGCGGACCAGGUAUCCGCGUGCGUUCGCUCAGACGUCGCACAAUCGCUCGCGAAGAUCAAACAGGAUAUGCAGGAGCACACUGCCCAGACUCACGGCCAGGUGGUUGUCCACGAGGAAGCGCUGCACAAGAUUCAGCAGAAUAUGCGCGAGCACACUGCCCUGGUUGCCACCCACGAGGAAGCUCUACGGCAGAUGGCGGCGAUGCUGGGUACGAUUGCCAGUCGGAAUACGGAGCUGAUUUCGUAUGCUGUCGGCUCGGCCAUGACGCAACUGUUGGAGUCUGAGGUCAUUAGCUCGGCUGUGCGUGCCGAGAUUGGUCGUGCCUCUGUUCGUGGGACCUGCCCGCGUCCUCCUGCUCCUGACCAUAGCCCUUCUGAUGACGAUGGAGGCGGGAGUCUGGAUGAAGAGUGGUACGACGCUGAUGGCCAACGCUGCACUACACACUGGUCAAGGUAGCUGGUGUUGCCCUUCCUUGUGCUCCCCCGGGUCGCCCUUGUCGUGCGCUUCCCGUUCCGCUUCCCUGGGGCAUCUCUUGCUAUUCGACAGGCUGCCGCCUUCCUCGGUUUCGGUUCUGCUCGCAUCGUGAGUGGCGGAUCUCAGUAGAUUAUUCAAUCAGGACAGGACGUCCCCUGUACGCUCGUCUCCUCCUCCUCCUUCUCCUCCCUCCUCCUCCCCCCUCCUCCUCCUCCUCCUCCUCCUCCUCCUCCUUCC